AUGAUAGGCAUGCGGUAUGGAAAGUACCUAUGCAAGAAGUACAACAAACCUUUCAUCCCGAUCCAUCACAUGGAAGCUCAUACAUUGACUGCCAGGAUGCAUGACAGCACCGUGACGUUUCCUUUUCUGGUAUUACUCAUCAGUGGGGGUCACUGCCUUCUGGCUGUCGCAGAGAAAGUGGACAGAUUCUUGCUGCUCGGUGAGAGUUUGGACGACGCCCCUGGAGAAGCUUUUGAUAAGAUGGCCAGAAGAAUGAAACUGAAAAAUUUGCCAGACUAUUCUACCCUGUCGGGUGGACAAGCUUUCGAAUUAGCCGCACAGAAAGCAGACAAUCCUUUGCAAUACAGUUUUACCACACCUUUGUUGCAAUAUAAGAAUUGCAACUUCAGCUUUGCUGGGCUCAAAAAUCAACUGCAGAGGCAACUGAUACGAGAAGAAAGGGAAAAAGAUAUUCUUGCAGAUGGUGUGAUUCCUGGCAUCCACAACCUUUGUGCAGGGUUUCAACUAGCCAUUACUCGGCAUUUGUGUCACAGACUACAAAGAGGCAUGGAUUAUGUAGAGAGAAAAAAUAUGAUUCAGUCUGAUAACAGGAUUUUGGUUGUAUCCGGAGGUGUAGCAUGUAACAACUUUAUAGCCGAAGGGCUCAGAAUGGUGUGUGAUGAACUAGGCUAUAGAAUGGUCAGACCACCUCCCAAAUUAUGUACAGACAAUGGUGUGAUGAUUGCCUGGAAUGGUGUAGAAAAAUGGAGAGAAAACAUAGACAUACAUACAAAUUUUGACCAUAUCGACAUAGAAAAGACUGCACCCUUAGGGACAAGUAUAAUUGAAGAUGUUGAACGAGAGAGGAUCAGUUGCAGAUGGGUGAAACUGAAGAAACUUACACUUCCGCAAAGUAGUUGGUCGGAAAUCGGAAAUGUUAAUAUUGCCAGGAAAGCAGAUUACUCGUGAAUAGUUAAGACCUCACAUGGGAAUCUGAUAUACAGAGCGUUUCAAAAAGGUUCCCUCCAACUUAUUUCUUGGGCAAGUCAACAAGUGCUGGAGCGGAGCUGCGGCACGAAUUCUAUUAGUGGGAUGCCGUGAUAUGUAAAACAAGAUUAUCUAGGAAACAUUUUUAAAAUCCAAAGAUCCAUAAGUCAAACUUGAAAAUCUGUAAUGAAUACAAUUAUUAUUGCUAAAUACAGCUUCUCCAAGUUGUGUGUUAUACGUCUGUCGUAUUUAUUUCCAGUCAAAUGAAGCGUGCCGACACAGGCUUAAAAGCUUAUAAAUUGGAAACAUCCUUGCUACGAGCCGACACGUCCAAUGACAAUGAAAUUUGUAUCUUUAUAUUUUUAAUUUUCAUAAGACUCAUUAAAGAGUAUUGGAAUAUAGUCAGUAUGUUAAAUGGUGAGGUAUAUAUUAAAAAUGAACAUACAAUGAAUAUUAAAUAAAUAAAUAUAACAGGUCACACACAUACAUUAAGUAGUAUAUACCAUAAAUUUAACAGACGAUCCUUUGAGUAAUUUUAAGAUAAAAAUUUCAUAUAAACAUAGGUCCGCAAAUUCUUAGUUGUCAAGAUACAGGGUGUUAAAUUAAAAAAAAUGCUGUUUCGUAAACUUCUUAAAUAUCCUUUACCUAAUUUUGUUGUAAUUUGGCGGUCGUAUUCAUAAGAUUAAGGAGACAAUUUAGCUUUAACUUGAUUAAAUUUUAAGUCCAGUGGCGUCUCGAGCGGGAGCUGAACGGAUAUUUGUGACAAAAAAAAACACACCACUGACGUUUGUGCAAUUUUUAUUAUAUUCUUUGGAUUAAACAAAUAGAAAUACAA